UUCGCAAGAAGCAACAGGGAGCAGCCUGGAUGAUUUCUAAUAUUCUGAGCACCAUUUAGGGAGAUGUAACUUUAAAUCUCCAAACACUGUCUUUCAUCUAUUUUGUUAAGAAUAGGAAAACUUUUUUAAAAAAUAUUUGUAAAUAGCUUUUUUAUUAGUCUAAACAAGAAAGUACAAAAAAAGCAUGGAGAUGGAGACCGACAAUCAAACAGAAUAUUAUUAUGAAUAUGAGUAUGAAGAGGAGAUUGAUCUGGAAUCGCUACACAUCCUCUCCAUUGUGCUUUACUCAAUUGCCUUCAUUCUGGGAACGUCAGGAAAUGGCCUGGUCAUCUGGAUUACCGGUUUCAAAAUGAAGACGUCUGUCAACACCAUUUGGUUUCUAAAUCUGGCCAUGGCUGAUUUCAUCUUCACCUUCUUCCUGCCUCUCAGCAUUGCCUACACUGCCAUGGGCUUCGUAUGGCCCUUUGGCUGGUUUCUGUGCAAACUCAACUCCUUCAUAAUGGUCCUGACGAUGUACAGCAGUGUCUUCAUCCUGACGGCCAUCAGCAUGGACCGCUGCCUCUCAGUAGUGGCUGCCGUUUGGGCGCAAAACCACCGCACGCCCAGGAAGGCUUGGUUCACUUGUCUGAUACUAUGGGCAUUGGCUGGGGUAUUUAGCUCUCCAUAUUUGAAGUUCCGGGAUGUGAUCAAAAUCAAUGAAACAAUACAAAGAUGUUCCUACAGCUUUGGCAAUGGUACAGCUAUGCAUGCAUACACACAUAAGGCUCUGACCAUUACACGUUUCCUAUUUGCUUUCCUGCUUCCCAUAAUCGUUAUCAUCUCUUGCUACACUGCCAUCGGUUACAGAUACAGCACCAUCCAUCGCAAGAGAUCCUUCAAACCCUUCAAGGUGAUUGUUGCAGUCAUUGUGACCUUUUUCAUCUGUUGGAUUCCCUUCCACAUCUUCCAGAUACUGGAGUUAAAAGCAACGAGUGAAGGGUCUUCCCUUAAGGUGGUCCACGUUGGGAUGCCUGUUGCCACCAGCAUUGCUUUCUUCAACAGCUGUCUUAACCCCAUCCUUUAUGUCUGCAUGUGCCAGGACUUUAAGGAGAAGCUAAAGAAGUCCUUCCUUAAGGUGUUUGAGAACGCCUUUAUUGAAGAGACAACACUGUACCACCUGAGCAGCCGUCGAUCCACUGUCCAAAUGGAGUCUUUAGUUGGGGGGCAGAAGAUUGAUGGGAUCAAUCCUGAACCAAAGUGAUGUCUGUGGUAGCAACACAAUCCAUAUAUAUAUAUAUAUAUAUAUAUAUAUAUAUAUAUAUAUAUAUAUAUAUAUAUAUAUAUAUAUAUACAGCUAUGGUCAAAAGUUUUGCAUCACCUGAAUUUUAGGGUUGAGACAUAAUACUAUGAACAUAAUUUAGAUAUUUUAUUCAACAUCAUAUAAUCAAAGAAACUACAAAAUGAUUUCAUGUUAGAUUUCAAAAUGUCACAUUUUUCAUUUUUUGUCAGUUUUUUGUUAAGUAUAUGCAAAACUACAAAGCGGUAUGUAAUUCAAUAUGUUAAUGUAACAUUAUUCAGCCAGUAGUAUUCGACUUAAAGAAGCAAAAUUAGUUAAUUCUAUAGGGUGAUGCUAAACCUUUGGCCAUAGCUGUAUAUAAUUGCUUGAUUCUUACAAGCAGAGUAUUUUACAUUGGCUGGUAUAGAAAUAAUUUGGUCCCUGUGGUUUUGAUCACUAUAUGCGGUUGAUUCUUAUAUCAGUGAUUCUGAUAAACAGACUGCACUGUAUAUAUACCCAAUACCAAAUUGGUGAAGUGUAAUAUAUGGCCCCCCUAUAUCCGAACAGAUGGUGGAAAGACUGAUCAAGUGAUUCUUGCAAUUCUUUUAAGAAGACAGGUCGUAACUGUUUUUAGUGAUGUGAAGUGGUGUGUUUGUGUGGAUAUCCUCCAAUGUCUACAGUCCUCAAGGCGUUGUUCCACCAAGGUUUCCAUUAUGGUCUGUGUAGCUUAUUCUUCUGAGUGGCACGGUGAAUGAUACAUACUAUGUAUAAGAUGUUUAUGUGCCCCCCAAGCCAGUAGCAUGCUCCCAGGCCUUCAUACAACAUUCAAUACAUAUAUUUGGAGUGGUUUGCAGAACAUAUCAUAUUUAGCCUUAUAAGUAACCCAUCUAGCACAGUCUUAAAAUUUCAGCCAAGCCAGAGUAAAUUACCCAUGUUAAAUCCACUGUAUAUAUUAUUAUUAUUUAUUUCUUAGAAGACGCCCUUAUCCAGGGCGACUUACAAUUGUUACAAGAUAUUUUUACAUACAAUUACCCAUUUAUACAGUUGGGUUUUUACUGGAGCAAUCUAGGUAAAGUACCUUGCUCAAGGAUACAGCAGCAGUGUCCCCCCACUGGGGAUUGAACCCACAACCCUCCGGUCAAGAGUCCAGAGCCCUAACCACUACUCCACACUGGUGUUGGGAAACAGAUUUGAAUCGUUGCAGAAAAAAGAUUGAGUUAAGCAGUGAAUCUGGUUCUACUACACCUACAGGAAGAUACAUAAUAUUUAUUUAAUGGAACCUGGGACAAAUUCUGUCUCCAUUUGCAAUGCCAUGGAUAAUGUGAACAGUACUGUUUAGUACAAACUCAGCACCGCCAACUGACCACAGGUCUUUAGUUUAUGGAUUAUGGAGAUUUAACAGAUACGAGUAUCGUAUCAAACCUUGUUAUGUAAAAUUGACAAAACAUGUAAUUGUGUUCAAAUUGGGUUGGAUUAGUUAGUCAUCCUAAAGAUCCCUCAUAAGAGAUGUAUGGUUAGAUGUAUUAGUGGGAAUGCUAUUUGGGUUCAAUGGGGUGUUUCAAUGUUCAGGUAUGGGAAUGUAUCCGAGGGCCAGAAUGAUUGUUUUAAGAGUAAUAUUCUCACUGUUUAACUAUUCAACCAUUUCAGCACUUCCCUCGUGCAAUGUUCCUCCAAUGGUACAGUACAGCAGGUGAUUUUGGAGAGGAAUUACAUUUUGUUUAUUACUGGUUAUCAUCAUAUGAAAUGCUUUGUGUUUUCUCUGAUAUAUAAAUAGCUUGCUGCUCCGGCUUCUGCUGCCAUCUCUAUUUUUCCAUACCAGGUUCAUUUAUAAUUUAGAAAAUACUGUUGGCUAGUUUCACAGGCUCCUACUGGCCAUAGUCUUGGACUACCUAAUGUUAUAUUAUGUAAGGUAGUCUGAUAUUAGUGCUGAUCAUGGUCUGUGAAAUCAACCAUAAAAGAAAUCUCAAUAAAUUAAAUUAAUGAGAAAGUGUCAGUGAAACUGACCUCACUUGACUUGGUGUAAGUAACAAUUUUCUGGUCAAGACAUUGACACACAGAGGUAAGCCAGCAAUUAGCUUUGCAUGCAAGGGUACUGUCUAACGAGAAGGCAUUUUGGAGUGCAUUUGAGAAGCAUCAAGAUCCUCCAUGAACACGCACCAGCGUCGUGAUUGGUAUCUGAUAUCAUUGCUUAAUUUCGGUUAAUAACUAGUGGCCUCAUGUGUAUAAUGAUAAUGAUUAUUCUGUAAAAGUGUAACUUUUGAUUAUUGGAAUCAAUAAAAAAAAAUACUUUUUAAAUUCUGCUUAAA